AUGGCUCCUCAUGUGGAUAUCUCGUCGAGUCCCGAGUAUACUGGCAAGCUAGGCCAGCCGAGCAGUCUGAUUUGUCUAACUAUCACGGCGUUCCGCAACCCAUCACUCGAUGAGAAAGAAUAUCGACAGUAUAUGACCAAGGUACACGCGCGGCUUGUGAGCCCCUUAAUGGAGGAGUAUGGCAUUCUUCGGUACAAUAUGACACACAACACCAAAGAGACAAGACCGAUGCUUUUUGAGCUUUACGACCCGCAAUUCUCGAAGCUUUCAGAGUACGACUCUAUUGUGCAGUUUGUUUUCAAGGACAUUGACGAUUUCAAACGUAUGAAGUCUGAUCCCAGAUUCAUCCGGGAAGUUGCCCCAGAUCAUGUCAAGUUUGCAGAUACGAAACGCUCAACCAUGACCGUCGGUUAUUUUGAAGAGUUCGUUAAAGAUGGCAAGGCCGUAGAAAAAGAUUGA